AAUAUUGUAGUGAAAUGAAUGAUUCAUCCUUUGAAUAAUUCAACGCAUACGCGGUAGGAUGGAUUUAUUAUGUUACUUAUUUAUUUCCUUCCAAUUUAAUUUAUCUACAUGUUCUGUUCAUAGUCAACUAUUCAUAAGAUUCGAGAACAGAUAAGCUGUUGUAAAUUGUAAUUCCUUCCAAAGCAUGGCCUCAAUCAGAUCAGCUUCCUCUUCCAGCAGGCUCUACAAAGAAUCUAAUUAAAUUACAUAAUGGCUGAAUACGCACUGUUUUGUGUAAGGAGGAGUCUGAAUGAACUGCUGUGCAUACCUGAAUUACGCGUCCGGAUUGAAUUGAUCCAGGAGAAGCUGAGAAAACUGCAGUCCAUUUUACAAGUGGUGGAUGCCCGGCAAGAAGUGGAUGAAGGUAUCCGGAGUUGGGUCGCAGAAACCAGGGAAGUCGCCUACGACAUCGAAGAUCUUCUGCUUGUAGCAAACACUAGUGCUCAAAGGAAAGAAGGAACCAUUUUCAGAAGGUCGCCUUCUAUGUUCAAAGUUCUCCACCCCAAAAUCCAGGAAAUAGAUGAUAAGAUCUCUGCCCUUGAAUCGAGCCAGCGCGUUAGAAAUAUAAAGCCACGCCAAAUAGAAAUACAAAGCCCCAGACCGAAAUGUCUGAAAUUGCAAGAAAAAGGAAGAAGAAUGUACUUGCAUCUUGUCGAGGAAGAUUUCAUAGGGUUGGAUGAUGAUGUUCAAAAAUUGGUUGCGAGAUUAGUGAAGGAUGAUGAAGCCUUCCCGGUAGUCUCCAUCACAGGUAAGGGUGGGAUAGGGAAGACCACAAUAGCUAAAAAGAUUUACCAUCAUGGUGAUGUUCGGAGGCACUUCCAUGGUUUUGCUUGGGCCUGUGUUUCUCAGAAAUGGCAGCAUGAAGAUGUCCUGCAGAGGAUACUCAACAAGCUUGAACCUGAGAAGAAAAAUGAAAUCAAUGGCAUGAAAGCUGAUAUGCUGGUCAAUGAACUUUACCAAAUUCAAAGGAGGAAAAGAUGCUUGAUUGUGCUGGAUGAUGUCUGGGAAAUGCAAGUCUGGGAUAUAUUUAGACCUGUUUUUGAGACAGGAGGAGAACAUGUAAAGAUCAAAGUUUUAAUCACAACCCGCGAUAAAGAAAUCGCACGAUAUGUAGAUAUGGGUGCUCCUUGCUACCUCUAUGAGCAAAGAACUUUGAAUGAGAAAGAGAGUUGGGAACUGCUCAAGAAGAAAGUCAGUCGUGGUGGAUUAAAUAUCGCAGGUAUUUCAUUUGACAGAGGUGAUCAAGGUAAUGGCAGAUCCAUGGAAGAAAAUGAGUCAUCCACAAGCUUUGAAGAGGAUGAUGAUGCAUCAUCAAGUGCAGGAAGCUUCUACUCUUGCUUAACUGAAGAAGAAGAUGAGGAUGAAAUUACAAGUCAGCUUGACACACCACGCUCUGUAGAUUACAUUCAAGACAAGAGAAACCAGAUGGACAUUGAGAGACUAGGAAGGGAGAUGGUGGCGCAAUGCGAAGGACUGCCUUUAGCCAUCGUGGUGCUUGGGGGACUAUUGAUGACAAAAUUGACAGUAUGUGAGUGGAGAACUGUGCAUCAGAAUUUGAAUGCAUACUUAAGGAGGGGGAGAGGUUUCCGCGAGAGUGGAGCAGGAGCAGGAGCAGGAGCAGGAGCAGUGCAUGAGGUGUUGGCCUUAAGUUAUCAUGAUCUACCCUAUCAGCUAAAACCAUGCUUUCUACAUCUUGGAAACUUCCCUGAGGAUUUCAAAAUACCCACUCGAAAACUAUAUCAGUUGUGGUCAGCUGAAGGCUUCAUAUCACCAGAAGGUGAGGAGCACGAAUCAAUCAUGGAUAUAUCAGAACGUUACUUAGGCGAACUGGUGCAAAGGUGCAUGGUUCAAGUACAUGUUGACAAAGCAACCGGAAGGUUCAAGUCCUGUCAGCUACAUGACCUUACAAGAGACUUGUGCCUAGUAAAGGGUAAAGAGGAAAAUUUCUUGAAGAAGGUCCCUCCGCGGUACGAACCUAAGAUAAUAAUUCCUCCUUCUCCAUUAGCAAUAGCAACAUCAGUCAGCAAUGCACGCAGACUUUCGAUAACAGUGGAUUAUGAUUUUGGUAGCUACUUCCCCUCAGGGAAAGAGAUCAGUAAUAAGCAUGUUCGAUCAGCGCUCUUCUUUUCCAGGCUCAGUAAAAGAAGAAACCUUCAGGCUGCCUUGGACUUUCUCUGCGAGGAAUUCCAUCUCCUUCGAGUCUUAGACCUCGAGAGGUUCGACUUUGGUGAAAGGCUGUCCAAAGAAAUAGGGAAUUUAGUAUACCUAAGAUAUCUGAGCUUAAGGGGUUCUAAAUUCAGUAAGCUGCCAUCAUCCAUAUGCAAUUUGAGGUGUUUACAGACACUUGAUCUAAGGGUAUCCUUUCUUGUAUGUCUGAGCAUUCCCGACGUAAUAUGGAAGCUGAAUCAUUUGAAGCAUCUGUAUCUCCCUCCAAACCACACAUGUAAAGCUAAACUGCAGAUAGGCACCUUAAACCAGCUGGAAACCUUAAAAAACUUCGACACAAGUGUUUCAGACUACAGAGAUCUCUUCAAGUUGACAAAGCUUCAGAAGCUAGCAGCAAUUCUGGCUCUAGAGCUUGAAAAUUUAGAACCAUUAAUUAGCAGCCUCAAGUCGAUGAGCCAACACAUCAAAGGCUCAUCUUUCCGUAUCCGCUAUGAUUUUAAGUCUGAGAAAGAGUUUACUGUACUAAGGGAAUUAGUGGGGUUUACCCAUCUCCGGAAGCUGGAUUUGAUUGGAGUCAUGCAUAGCCUACCAGAUCACAGUGAUUUUGCACAGAGCCUCAACAAAUUAACUCUGAGAACAAACAGACUCAACGAAGAUCCUAUGGCUACUCUAGAGAAGCUUUCAAAUUUGUAUUCCUUGAUAUUACGGAAAAAUGUGUUCGAGGUGAAGCAGAUUCGGUGCACUCCUCAGGGUUUUCCUCAGCUCACAAAUCUCGAACUUCAGGGGCUUACGAGCUUAGAGUCAUGGACAAUAGAGGAAGGGGCUAUGCCUAAUCUUUUUAGUCUAAAGAUUGAUGAGUGCAUCAAUCUUAAAAUGCUUCCAGAAGGUAUAAAGUUUAUCACCACGCUCAAGGAAUUGGUGAUUGUCAACAUGCCUGAACCAUUCAAGAAGAGAAUUCAGAAAGUGCAGGGGGAAGGAGGAGAGGAUAGUCAUAAAGUCGAACACAUUUCGUCCAUCACCAUUACUGUGACAAACAUCCCCCACACCAAACAACGAGGGAAACAAUUACCAGGAAGUUCGUAUUCUGGACUACUUCAUAGUGUUUCUCCAGCACUGGUACCAAAAGUAUGGCAGAAUUCAUGAAUGUCGUGACAUUAGGAUGCUUUUAGCAGAUUAUAUAUUAGAGGUCUUUGUAUUGUGUCUCCUACAGGUUGCUCAGGUCCAUUCCAUAAUCUCGAGCAAUCCUAAGUUGAGAGAUAAUUGUUAGGAAAUUAUUCUAGAACUUGAGCUUCAAAUAUCUGCCAAGAAGUGAGAGACUCUGCACAAAGUAGGAAUGUAAUGUUGUAGAAUUAUAUAGUUUUGCUAAUCAACAAGUUCUGAUCC